AUGGCUGAUGCCAAUGGCGUUGUGGUAGUCGUCGCCCUGCAACUCGACCCAACCGCCAAACCUUUGAAGCUUCCAUCAUUGGUCUGUCGAACUAUUGAUCGCUCUGCAUUGGCCAGCGUCGGGCCGAAGCAACGCUGGCAGUUCUGGAGACUGGAGCCCCUCCCCGACGGCAUCACUCCACCAGGCGUCGAUCUCGACUCGAAGCCUUUGGCUGCCAUCUUCACGUUGAAAUCAGAUCCACAGAGUACAGCGUCUGCUCUAACAGCCAUCAUUACUGCCGUGGCAUCCCAAGAAGCAUUCGGGGCGCCCCCAUUUUGCUGGAAUGAGCAGCAUCUCGAAUUCUCCGGCUCUUUGACGCCCACCAUACUCCAGGUUGCGACAGGCCUGGACGUUUGA